CAAGAUUAGAGUUUUGUCUUGGAUUUUUUUAAAGGAUCAGAACUUGUUUGAUGCUUCUAGUGCUCGUUGGAUGUCUGAUUCGAGAUCGUGUUUGGAGUUGUAAGUUUGGUAAUUUUUGCGAACUGUUAUGUAGGUGUUUUUAGCACUGAAGUGACCUUUUUGUAAGGGAUGAAAUACCCGUUGUACUCUAAUUGUGUUCUUAAUAUAUUUCUUUUUCUGAUUAAAAAAAAAAAAAUCGAAUACAUAGAUAACUCGAAAAUAUUUACCUUCCCUAAAAAAAAAUAUUUACCUAUUCAAGUUUAUAUGACCCAUCCAAUAUGUUACUGAAUUAAAUACUUAGAUUAGAACUAAAAACUGAAACCCUUCCCCCGUCGAAGCCUCCAACCUCCGGGAUCCGGCUGCUCUGGCUCACUGGAUCGCCUUCGUCCCUGCAGCCGCGCGGGUCCUACUUUUGUUUGGUUUGAGACCGAAGCCUGAAUGACACCUCACCCAGAUUGAGAUUCUAAACAAUGCAACAGGCUGUCUGAGCUGUGCCUAAAUGGAGUUCUGCCCAACUUGCGGGAAUAUGCUGCUCUAUCAGUUGCCACACAUGGGGCACGCUGCCCGAUUUACCUGUCCGACGUGCCCUUAUGUAUGCAACAUAGAGGCUCAGGUUAAGAUAAAGAGACAUGUGCGUUUGGUUAAGAAGGCGAUAGAUCCUAUUUUCACUAAAGAAGACCGCAAGAACUUCCAGGAAACUAAAGAGAGCUGCCCCGUAUGCGGUCAUGAUAAAGCCGGAUUCAUUCAAUUGCAGACUAGAUCAGCAGAUGAACCGAUGACAAUAUUCUAUGAAUGCAGAAAGUGCGAAUUCACUUGGAGAGAGGGCUAAGUCUUCAUGCGCCGACUGACCCUUGUAUACGUGCUGCUGAUGAGAGGCUACCUGGUUAUGCUCAAGCUUUUUCGAUUUCGUUGAGAAGCGCGGCUUGGAAAUUUGUAUACUUUUAGGUUGUUUCAGUUCCUUCUCAUUCUUUAGCUUAUUUAAUUCAAAGUUUCUCUUGCAAAAUUGAACAAACAAGUGCUCGUGCUAUUUUUCCUCACCUCAAGAUUAGUGGUUCAUGAAUUUAUCCUUUGCACA